AUGGCUGUGCGUUACGAGCCCACAAAUGAGCUUGUCCAAGCUGCGGGGAUACGAAUCCUGCAUAUGCGAAUGCGGAGUCACGCCCAAGCUGGUGUGGCUCAGCUGUCAUCCAGGCAACAGCCAUUCAGUUCAGGUGCUCAGCCCAUACAUCAACCCUGGACGUCCAUGUCAUCGACUUGGAUUAACUUACACAAAGUACCUCAUACAAGCCAUCAACAUGUUCGGAUUCACAAACAAAUCUAUGGAUGCCGCCCCUCCCUACGAGGAGUUGGAGGCGCAAAGCUCGGGGACUCGCCAGUCGCUCAACUUGAAGUCGACGAUGAACCGCAUCACCAUCCUCACUCGCAACCACACGAGCAUCAGUACCUAGGCACCAACACCACAAGCACGACUACCCUCCCUGCGCCUGCUACAUUCCAACCCCACGUCCACUGCGAGGCCUGCGACGGCUUCCUCCAGCGCCAACAAAAGAUGCGCGCCGAGCGGUUCUGCUGCGGGAUGGUUGCUGCGACGUUCAUGGCCGCCUUUGUGUGUGGACUUUUACUUGGAGUUGCUAUUGUCAAUGGGAGGAAGGAUAAGUGGAAUCAUUAGUGUGAGAUCUUCAGAUUGGUAGGCAGGAUAGGAGUUAUGUAUUGUUUAGUUCUCAACCUGCUCCUGCUGGUACUUGGGCACCUUCUCCCCAGCCCGCCACUUGUACUUGCUCCCCGGAUGAUCCUCCGGCAGUCGAUUCGUCCCCAAAAACACUUCUCUCGCUGUAGCCCCCUCCUUGACCGGGGCAGCGCGAUAUAACCCCCUGGACCGCAACUCCGG